CAAACCUUCUCAAGCAUGGCCGCCUCGUCUUCCGGCUCUUCUUUUACUUCUUCCUCUCUUGGCCGCCCGCCCUCCUACGCCCAACCAUACGCAAGCCCGCUUGACUCAACUUGGACCCCGACGUCCGGCGCUUCAAGCAUCUCAGCUCUCACCUCCGAAGCCUCGGCCCCUCACGCCUCCCUCCGCCCGCUAGAUCUUGGUCCCCCGGGCUAUCAAGCGACCAUAACCCUCUUUGAAAACACUCCCAACGAGCGUACUGUCUACUUAGGCCCUUGGGAGGUGGUCGGCUCCGAGCAGCGCCGCGUUCUGUGGCAGUGCAGCUACCAGAGCGAGCUUCUUGAACACUUCCUCCCGUCCGAUGUUCCCGCCGAUGUCUUUCCACAUACCCUUCACUCCCGCCAUCGGCCGUACACAGACCCAUGCGAACUUGAGCUGUACGUCAGCUUCCGUGAGCCACACCGCAUAAGGUAUACGACAGGCGAGGGCAUGGUCAUGCACGAUCAUUUAAUGGAAGUCAAGUACGAGUUUACCACCGUCGAGAGCUCUCUGCGAUUCCAAGGAGAUGUCCGCCGAAAAGACCUAGUCGACUACUACGACAUUGAUGUGAUAUGGUCCGACGUGCAUGGACGAACAGACGGCUUUGGCAAUAUAAGGGGCAUGGGGUUGGUGCAGAGACUAAAGCUGUGGAGAGACCGCUACUCUACCUAUCACUCACUGACCGUGUUCGCCAACCGCGCCGGAGGCCGUCAGCAUCAGGAAUACGAGAUACACAAUUUUGAAGGCGAACUGCGCAAUCGCGACGAUCGGCAUCGCCAGUCGGCGUUUUUCGUUAUGAAGAUUAUCCUGGCCAUCAACGCGGGAUCUAGCUCUGUCAAGAUCUCCGUCUACGCGGCUGAGCCUAGACAGCCACCCCGCCAGCUCGCAGAGACAUCAGUCAGCGGCCUCACGGCCCCACCCGCUCAGAUUUCCUAUACGCGUGCCGAUGUCGAGGUCAAGAAAGACGAAAAGCUUCAGGACGAGGUUGCCACCCAGGACGACGCCUUCAAAGUCCUUCUGAAGACGCUCAUAGACGACCCGGAGCUGUCUCAAAUCAAGGGAAAAGACGAUAUUACUUUGACUUGCCAUCGCAUCGUACAUGGCGGCGAUUAUCCCUGCUCGCAGAUAAUAACCUCGGACACGUACCACCAUUUGGAGGAGCUCAGCGACCUUGCCCCCCUUCAUAACGGCCCAGCUCUCAAGAUUGUCAAUUCCUGCGUGGAGCAGCUGCCUGAUGCUGUCAACGUCGCCUGCUUCGAUACCCAAUUCCACUCUUCGAUUCCAGAACACGUUCGGACCUACCCCAUCAACCAAGAAAUCGCCAAGAAGAAUCGUCUCAGAAAAUACGGCUUUCACGGCAUUAGCUACUCCUUCAUCACGCGAUCCGUGUCUGAUUUUCUCGGCAAAGAUCCCAAAGAUAUCAACAUCAUUGCUUUGCACCUGGGAAGCGGAGCAAGCGCCUGCGCCAUUCGCAAUGGCCAAAGCUGGGAUACCAGCAUGGGCCUCACCCCUGUUGCCGGCUUACCAGGGGCGACAAGAAGCGGUAACGUAGACCCCAGUUUGGUCUUCCACUAUGCGAGCGAUGUUGGAAAGUUAUCUCCCAACUCAACAUCGGAACUACAUCUUACAGAGGCCGAGGAGAUCCUCAACAAGCAAGCCGGGUGGAAGUCGCUCACAGGAACAACCAACUUCGGCACCAUAGCAACCUCCGACGAGCCUACCCACAAGCUCGCCUUCGACAUCUUUAUUGAUAGAGUGUGUGGCUUCAUCGGCUCAUAUUUCGUCACUCUCGGCGGUCAGGUCGACGCUCUCGUCUUUGCUGGCGGCAUCGGUGAGAAAAGCGAUAAGUUGAGGAGGCAAGUCGUUGACCAGUGUGCCUGCUUGGGCUUCACGAUUGACGACGAGUUGAACGGCAAGAUGAUUGAAUCCACUGUGCAAGAAGUCGGAAAGCCGGACGGUAGGUCACGUACCUUGGUUUGCAAGACAGACGAGCAAUUGGAGAUGGCGAGGUUGUGCACCGAGAAGAGUGAGCUUUGGUCUUGA